AUGUAUCAGUUAAAUAUCGGGUUAAAUGAGUAUUAUUCAGCUAUUGAAUUGGUUCCUAUUACUGGAAUUUUUAGAGAAUAUCCAGAGCUUAUAGUUAUUCCUGAGACUUGUAUAAGUGCCCGUGAAGCUGCAAUACAGCAAAGCUCUGAGUCUAUAGUUAUAACCAAAUGCCUUUGCAAAG